AUGUCGAGUUCCUUGGAGGCUGCGCCUGACGGCGCUUCGGCCUCCUCCGCGGGUCUCCGUGCCCUCGCGGAGAGUGCCUCUUCCAUGCCGCCCGUUUCACGGCAGCUCUCCCGCGGUUCGCGUGGAGGCGGCGUCGUGCUGAGCGGCGGACACGAGCGCGGCAGCGCCGCUGUGCACCGCGGCCAUGCGAGCUACGUCGAAAGCAUCGGUUUGUACGACUACAUCUUUUCUCUGCCUGCGUCGAUUCCGCACUAUCUCUUCUCCUUCACGCCGGGAUGCGUCGCGUGCUUCGCAGCGCUCUGCGAGCUAGAUCGUCUGAUUAUUCUCCGUCUCCUCUUCCUGCAGCAGCAUGUGAGCGAGCGAGCGAUGCGCCUGUGGGUCGGGCCCGGCAGCGCGGGCGACCUGCGGCGGUCGCUCCAGCGCCUGGUGUCUCCGUGUCGCAUGCUGUCGACUUCGGUGCAAGAUUCGUCCUCGGCCGCCGCGCAGGCAGGCAAGACACCCCCACCGCAGGGCGAGGGGAAGGCGAGGACGUCGCCUGCGCCCGCGUCCGCUUCGCCGGGGGCUGCGGGGGGGACUGCGGCAGCGUCGACCCCCUCGCCCGCCUCCUGCUCUGCCGCCUCGGCCUCGCCCGCGUCCGCCGCGUCCGCGGCGGCGGGCUUGGGAGGCCGUCCGGGGCAGGCUCAGGCACACCUGAUGACGCAGUACGCGCUUGUCGCGCCUCUGAAGCACACGCUGCUGCAGUACGUGCUGGGCGGACCCUCCCGAGCGGCCGCGCCGUUCCUGCACAUGCCGGCCGAAGGGACGUUUCGCUUCCCCACGAAGACAGAGCUGAUCCACCACAGCAGAAAACAGUGGGAUGCGCUGCUGCGGUUCAUCGUUGAGGGCGAGAGAGGAAGCUUCGCCUGCGCCGAGGAGCGAGGCGUCGGCGCGGGAGAGCCUGACGUCGGGGGCCUGGCGGCGGCCGGCGCGGCUCCAGAGGGCGAGGGAUCUGCGGAGCCGAGGGAGAGAGAGGGCGCCGGCGGAAAAAAGAAACGAAAAGGCGACAAGGGCGGUGGCGGAGGCGGGGGGCCGUGUGAAGAUCUUAUCAAGGUUCUGAACCGUCGGCGGUUGCUAUGCCGUCGCACCAAGUCGCGGCGUUCUUUGUUGACUCUGCCGGUUUCGCCGGCGCAGCCUGUCGCGUCCAUGUCUUCUCUGGCGUCGGCUCCCCCUGGCGCCUCGCCCCUCCACGCCACCCUGUCUGCCUCCGCGGCGUCGCCGACGGCGCCUACCUCUGCAGCGGCGAUGUCGCGCGAGGCCUUCUCGUGGAUUUUGAAGGACCUCAAGUCGCAGGUGAACUCGCUUGUCGUCGAAUUCCUGUUUCUCCUGGACGGCGGCGUCCUGACGAACGCCGCACACGACGCGGGCGGCCGCGGCUCGGGCGCGGCGCAUCACCAGGCGUCGCUCGCGGGGGCCGGCGCCGGCGGCGAGGGCGGUGGCGAGCUCGCGAAGAGCAACGGGCAUGGCGCAGGCAAGAGGCACCAGGGCCUGCAAGGAGUCGGCUCAAGGGCCGCGGCGCAUACCGGAAAGGGAGCAGAUGAGGGCAGAGAGGGAGCCUCAGCUGCGCAAAUCGAGGCCGCGACCAAGGACAUGAAGGAUGUUCUCCUGCUGAUUCUGACCUUGGGUCAGUCUUCGGUAGGCCAGCCAAUCUCCGUCCGCCAUCUCUCGCCUUCUCAGCGACGCUUUGUCACGUUCGCGAUCAACAUUGGCCUCAUCUGGGCACCUCCUUCUUGGGCUUCUUCCUACGUGCUCGCUGCUCCCUACGCCAUUCUUCUGCGCCCGGACAAAGGGGGCCACGCCUUCUUGGGCGCUGCCGCGGUCGGAGGGGGGCUGGAGCCCAAGGGGCCGCUGGUGCGCCGGGCCCCAGCGCCCCCGGUGCGUCUAGACGGGCUUUGGGGACAGCUAACCAGCAAAGUGAAGGCAUUCAUCGAGCAGGCAGCCUCAGUGCAGGCGGCAAACCUCAGAGCAACGGCGAGGCGGAAAGUCUUGCAGUUCUCGACAUCACCUUUUUCCCGCUCGUUCGUGAGGACCGGGACGAAUCCACAGGAUCUGCACGCUACUUCUGCCUCUUUGGCCCAAUCGCCGUCGCCCUCGUCUCUUUUGCUUCGUUCCUCGGCUUCGUCUAUUUCGUCUCCCUUCUCGAUCAUGGGCAUGGAAGCAGGGAUGCUUGUGCAAAGCAACUUCAAGGUGUAUGUCUACACGGCGUCGGCCUUGCAGUUGUCGGUGCUUUCGCAUUUGUGCGAGCUCCAAGCCCGUCUGCCCAACCUCAUCGUGGGCGUUUUGACCCGCGCGUCGGUCCUGGCUGCGUAUAGGAGCGGCAUUACGGCAGAUCAGAUUAUUCGCUUUCUCGAGGCACACGCUCAUCCCGUGGAAUUGGAAAGGAAGCUGAGGACGAAUGCGCCUCUUCUGCCUGAAAACGUGACGAUUCAGCUGCGCAUGUGGGAAGCUGAGCGCCUGCGUCUGUCACUGUAUCCAGCAGUCCUUCUGAAGAAGUGGGACACUCAGUUCAUGCCUGAGCUCUUCCAGAGGAGUGUCCGCUGGGCAGUCGGUAAAAAUUUUGCCAUAUAUUUCACGCCGUGGCCAGAAGACCCCAACAGCGAGGAAUUCCGGGAGUGGAUGCAGAAAGAAAAGUACUUGGCCAUACAUGCCGACUACAAGCCGGAAAUGGUCGAGAAAAUACGUGACGUCAGAGACUCAAUCAUCAAGCAACAGGCCGGCAAGACAUGA